CGAAUCUCUAGUGUUCAGUUGCUCUUGUGACUUGAGUGUGAAACAUCCUCAGACCGCGCACAAAGUUGGUCUCCUAAAAAAACUGACAUGAACGCCUCUUGUAUCUUGAUCUUCUUGGUUCUUGUUGCCAUCACCGCGAACUUAACUGCUGCUCGGUCGAAUAAGAAAAGCAAGACCGAAAAGGCCGUUGACGAUGCCAUAAAGCACCGAGUUAAAACCAAAAAGAUCGAUGCUCUGAAGCAAGAAGAUGGAGUCGACAACUACUGGACAAUGUGCAAGCCCAAAUACGACAACCCCCUUGGCGUGUGCCUGGCUGGUUAUCAUUUGACACAGAAUCCCAAGGAUGACAAUAAGUACACAUGGGCCAAAGAGGUCGACGGAAUCUGGGAUGGAACACACACCUUUAGAUGCCCCGAUAGACCGUAUUAUAAAGUGCGAUAUUUCUGCUCCAAAACCUUCACCAAAUCUUAUUGGCAAGGUACGGCGCCUUGGUGCGGCUCUGAAAACGAUCAAGUCAAUGGCUGCCAGAAUGCAGGUUACCAGGGCCUGAGAAUAUGGACCAGCGACUACGGAGACGGAAACUACUGCGCCCUGGCUGGCACGAAAGUCCUUUGUGCUAAAGUAUAGCUCGUAGGAUUAAUAGUCGUUACUGGCUGAGUUACUUAACUACAACUGAAAUAAAGUUUCUUGAAAACAAAA